GUCAUGCACUCCCCAGGUGGCGCAGCUAUCGCGUGCUUCAUUGGUAAUUGGGUCAGAUAUUAUUGCGUUCAUUUCAAUAUGGCACAGGCAGGCAAGUGAUAACAAGAUACUGGAUCAAAGGGGAAUCAACAAAGUGAAAAAAGUCAAACAAGAGGAAAGACAAGUUCUGAGAUAUUGAUAUCUAUAAACAGUUUUGCAUAAAUUGACGAGACAAUUAUCCUUUCACUAUGGGGGACUUAAAAUGCCUGAUAAUGGUGCUUGUGUUAGGGACAGUGAACUCCCAGAGUAAUAGGACUAACAACACAGGCAGUGUGUCCACAUCUUCAACAACAAUGUCGCCAACAACACUGAAACCUACAGGCACUGUUAAUACGUCAGUCACCAUUCCAUCAGCUGCUUCACAAAAUUAUUCUUCUACAACCACGGCAGCAGCACCUUCAACAGUGAAAGACGACUCAAGCCAAACGCCUAGAGGAUUUCUCACUCCAACUUUACCACCGAGAACCACAACUACUGUCAUGACAACCAGCACCUUAGCACCCGCAAACUGCAGUAUUUGUGGCGUGCAAUGUAAUAACCAGUAUGAACCUGUUUGUUCAAAUCUCGACUUUAAACAGAUACCAAAUACACUGGGUAAUAUACGAUCGCUUGACGCUUCCAAUAAUUCUAUAGUAGAGAUCUCAAACAACAGUCUCCCCUAUCCCAAUCUUCUGUACCUUUUCUUGUCCCACAACCACAUAUCACGUUUCCAAGAAGGUUGCUUUGAUCGCACACCAGUUCUGGAACAUCUGGACCUGAAUUACAACUUGAUCACUCAGCAUACCUUUCGUACCCAAACUGUGUUUGCAGGCACGCCAAGUCUUAAAGAGCUGCUGUUGCGUGGCAAUAUGAUCACUGUGCUGAGCAAAAAGAUGCUGGACUGGGAGCUGUUGAAGGACCUGGAGCAGUUGGACUUAAGCUGGAACCGUAUUAUGCACUGUGAUAACAAUGCUUUGAUAAAUUUUGACCAAUUGAAGCACCUUAACCUGAGUCACAACAAGAUUGCAAGGAUAGAGGUAGACGCCAUAAUGAACAACAAACAGUUACAAGUCUUGGACUUGAGUUACAAUAAGUUGAACAGGCUUCAGGGUGUCUUUUCUACCCUCAAAAACCUGAAUACCCUCUACCUGGACUACAAUCAAAUUGACCGGCUUGACAGAGAACUAUUUACCAAUCUGAAAAACUUGCAACUGGUGAGCCUCUCCCACAACCGUCUGACGUCCAAUCCAGAUCAAUUUCCACCAAUGAUAUUCUACAAGCUGUCAGUCGCGACUUUGAAUCUGGGAUACAACAAUUUCAUGGAAUUCCCUACUGCCCUAGGGGGAGCCAAUGUGACCUCCCUUGAUUUCAGUGGGAAUCCCCUUAAGGAACUUCACAGGGACUCCUUCCAGUUGAGGGUGCAGACCCACCUUAAAGCAUUUAGCCUUAACUACUGCCCAAAUUUGGAGAGGGUUACACUUGAGUCUUUCUUGAAUUUCACAGCAUUGGUGAACAUUUCCAUUUCAAAUAAUCCAAAACUGACCAAGGUUGUUGCAGAGGAAGAAGAGGAACCUGGCCACCUUCAAACCCUCCGCCAUGUUUCCCUUCGCAACAACUCCCUGGAAUCUGUCAGUGAAUUUUUGUUGCCAUGGCAACAGCUGCAGUAUGCCGACCUGAGAGACAAUCCGUGGAGGUGUGAUUGCAAUCUUCGCUGGAUGCUGAGAGUAGAGGUUAUUGAGCCACACAAUGAGUCUCUGAUAUGUGCUGCACCACCCCAUCUGGCAGGUGACCACAUAUUGAGUGUGAAGUGGGAAGAUUUUGCAUGUUUCCAUGAACUUUGGGCCACAAUCACGCGACGUCAAAUCACCAUUGGUGUGGUGUCUGCCAUUAUUGUGGUACUGACUGUCAUUGGUGCAGUUUUCAUGUAUAGAAAUAAAUGGAAGCUGCCUGGACUUUACAAGAAGGUCGGAAAGUAUGCCAACAUGGAGGAGAGACACAGGGGGGAGAGCACGUCUUGUGCCGAACCUGGAGAUAUCCAAGUAUCGUAUAGAGACCAGGAUGAAACAGCCCGCAUUGACCUAGGCAACAUGGACAUUGAAGACCUUCAAGAUGACACAGAAACCUUGCAAGAAACAGAACAAAGGACUUUGAGAUUGAGUUCAACAGACAGAGAUGAUAAUGAGCUAUCGUUAGCGCUGGCGNCACUUGACGCUUCCAAUAAUUCUAUAGUAGAGAUCUCAAACAACAGUCUCCCCUAUCCCAAUCUUCUGUACCUUUUCUUGUCCCACAACCACAUAUCACGUUUCCAAGAAGGUUGCUUUGAUCGCACACAAGUUCUGGAACAUCUGGACCUGAAUUACAACUUGAUCACUCAGCAUACCUUUAGUACCCAAACCGUGUUUGCAGGCACGCCGAGUCUUAAAGAGCUGCUGUUGCGUGGCAAUAUGAUCACUGUGCUGAGCAAAAAGAUGCUGGACUGGGAGCUGUUGAAGGACCUGGAGCAGUUGGACUUAAGCUGGAACCGUAUUAUGCACUGUGAUAACAAUGCUUUGAUAAAUUUUGACCAAUUGAAGAACCUUAACCUGAGUCACAACAAGAUUGCAAGGAUAGAGGUAGACGCCAUAAUGAACAACAAACGAUUACAAGUCUUGGACUUGAGUUACAAUAAGUUGAACAGGCUUCAGGGUGUCUUUUCUACCCUCAAAAACCUGAAUACCCUCUACCUGGACUACAAUCAAAUUGACCGGCUUGACAGAGAACUAUUUACCAAUCUGAAAAACUUGCAACUGGUGAGCCUCUCCCACAACCGUCUGACGUCCAAUCCAGAUCAAUUUCCACCAAUGAUAUUCUACAAGCUGUCAGUUGCGACUUUGAAUCUGGGAUACAACAAUUUCAUGGAAUUCCCUACUGCCCUAGGGGGAGCCAAUGUGACCUCCCUUGAUUUCAGUGGGAAUCCCCUAAAGGAACUUCACAGGGACUCAUUCCAGUUGAGGGUUCAGACCCACCUCAAAGCAUUUAGCCUUAACUACUGCCCAUAUUUGGAGAGGGUUACGCUUGAGUCUUUCUUGAAUUUCACAGCACUGGUGAACAUUUCCAUUGCAAAUAAUCCAAAGCUGACCAAGGUUGUUGCAGAGGAAGAAGAGGAACCUGGCCACCUUCAAACCCUCCGCCAUGUUUCCUUUCGCAAUAACUCCCUGGAAUCUGUCAGUGAAUUUUUGUUGCCAUGGCAACAGCUUCAGUACGCCGACCUGAGAGACAAUCCAUGGAGAUGUGAUUGUAAUCUUCGCUGGAUGCUGAGAGUGGAGGUUAUCGAGCCACACAAUGAGUCUCUGAUAUGUGCUGCGCCACCCCAUCUGGCAGGUGACCACAUAUUGAGUGUUAAGUGGGAAGAUUUUGCAUGUUUCCAUGAACUUUGGGCCACAAUCACGCGCCGUCAAAUCACCAUUGGUGUGGUGUCUGCCAUUAUUGUGGUACUGACGGUCAUUGGUGCAGUUUUCAUGUACAGAAAUAAGUGGAAGCUGCCUGGACUGUACAAGAAGGUUGGAAAGUACGCCAACAUGGAGGAGAGACACAGGGGGGAGAGCACGUCUUGUGCCGAACCUGGAGAUAUCCAAGUAUCGUAUAGAGACCAGGAUGAAACAGCCCGCAUUGACCUAGGCAACAUGGACAUUGAAGACCUUCAAGAUGACACAGAAACCUUGCAAGAAACAGAACAAAGGACUUUGAGAUUGAGUUCAACAGACAGAGAUGAUAAUGAGCUAUAAAGUUGCGAUUUGACCUAUAGAUGGUGCUCUAGUCCAAGCGAGCCAGGAUUCAUUCCCAAAUAGUAUUUAAAGAGAAAAAAGAAGGGUGAGAGUAAAUAUUGAUAUUAGCUAAGUUAAAGGGUUAAACUGAAGGUGUGUUCCCACAUGGAAAAUGACAGAAAUAGCUUACUUAUGCAUAGGUCAUACAUAAAAUGCCAUCUUGUUAGUUUUUUAGAUUAGGUAGUGUCAGGAGUGGACAUUUUAAUUUUUCUUUAGCUGAGAGCAUAUAUGCCAUAGUUCCUAAAAUUUUGUACAUUUGUUUGAAGUGCACCCAUGUCUUCAUGUGAAUUGCUGUUGUGAUGAUGUUUUAUGAGAGCAAAUGUUUUUACAUUUUACCCCCUUGCUGAGCUUGAGAUUAGUGAAACAAGCAUGUCAAUAACUGCUUGUUUAUCAUGGUAGUGUCUUUGUUUGUGUAAAUAUUUUUUGAAUAUUUUUAUUUUGUCAUUACGUGGAAUGGGAAAGCACUCAAUGUUGUACUUUCAAAAUAAUGUAUAGUGUGAUGUAAUAGUUCAAAUUGAUAUCAAUAUUUAUAUGCUUUGAUAAACUGCAGCUCUUUUGAAAGGGACCAACAAGCUUAAUCGACAAGCUUGAAACUAACACAGAUAAUUGUCUGCCCAUGUAGAUAUUUAAUAUAAAACAUUCUUUAAAAUAUGACUUUUUAUUAAAAGUAUUUUUCAGUGAUUUUGUUUGCCCACUGAGAUAUGCAAUGAUGCUUUAUUUUUGCGCUCAUAAUGCAAAAGGUGAUGGGAGAAGGAAAAAGCAGCUACUUUUUAUAUAGCAGUCAUUCCAUAUGAUGCAAAAUGUUUUUCUCUUACAUUUUUUUAUGUAGGUGAAGGUGAAUGUAAAAAGCAAUGGAAUGUAAUUUUCAGUAUUAUUUUUUAAAUGUGAAAGUAAUCAUCUUGGUGGAGCCUUUUUGAAGUGACACAAAAAUAAUAACAAAACCAUUAACAGUACUUGUUUUAUUAAAAUCAAAUGGAAUUGAAUAAUUUAAAAGAAUGAUAUAGAAAAUUAAUGUUGUACAGGAUCCUGUAUAUAGAUUUGUAACGCUAUUAAUAUUUUUUUCAACAUGUAAAAGGUCGCAAUUUUACUCGUUCAUGUAUGGUUUUAACAUUUUGAUUGUACACUUCUGUAUCACGAUUUGUAAACUGUGUCAUGCAUUUAGCAAUUAUUAAUUCUUUUCUUAUCAGCUGAGACAAUGAACUGCGUACCCCAUCAA